UUUGUAGACAAUGAGGGGUGCAGAAAGGCACGCACGAGCUCCUGCAUUGUGCAAAAAGUUUGGUGCAAUAAAAAGAGUCGAAUCGAUCGAGAGAACUUACAAAGUAAGCAGAUCUGAAGAGACCUUGUUAGCCAGGUUGCAUCAUUUCAUGUAUAAAUACUCAAUAAAAACACCAAACGUGACAGGAUCUUGCGCUUCGCCGUUAUCACUGAUCUUCAUCACACUCCAACCGCAACAACGAACAAACAACACGCAGAAGUCGAACGGACAGAAGCUCCAAGCCUCCUGGCUAUUACAAGAACGUAGCAGUAUUAUACCCCCAUUAUCUAUCCAUAAGCGAGAAAGAUGAGGUUCGAUCUCGAUGGUCUUGACGUUUUCUUCCCGUAUGAUCGGAUUUAUUUGGAGCAGCAUCAAUACAUGAGGUCACUGAAGCAGUCUCUUGAUGCUGGUGGCCAUUGCCUGUUGGAAAUGCCCACAGGUACCGGAAAGACUGUAUGUCUAUUAUCCUUGAUCACCAGCUAUCAAUUCGCCAAGCCAUCCACGGGAAAGUUGAUCUACUGCACUCGUACAGUGCCCGAGAUGAAUCAUGUCAUGGAAGAAUUGGCUACCGUACUGGAUUAUCGUGCCAAGGAACUGGCCAAAGCAGAAAACCAGGACGAAAGACAAGCUGUGGGAAGCGAGAGCAUUGAAGACAUGGGUGGUGGUCAACAAGCAGCCGCGGAAGGAAGCCAUGAAGAGUUGUCUCCUCCCAAAAAGAAACCACGGAAAGUUAUCAAUGGCAAGGGAAAACGAAAGGGUGUGCGGUUGCACAUGGGCCCAUUAUCCAACAAGGGAGCCGGCGGGAGUGGAGUGCUGGCCCUUUGUUUAUCCAGUAGGCGAAAUAUGUGCGUGCACGAACGUGUCAUGGCGGAAAGUGACCGAGAAGCAGUCGAUGCAGCUUGUCGAUCUCUGACGGCCUCGUGGGUGGUAGAAGAGGCACGCAAGAAUCCUGGUUCACAGGAAACCUGCUCCUAUUUUGAUAGCUUCCAAGCUGUUGGAGAAUCCAUUACCAUGCCAAGUGGAGUGUAUGAUCUGCAGGAGCUCAAAGAAUGGGGAAAGGGUCGCGGUUGGUGCCCAUAUUAUCUUACACGACAAGCAAUCAACCAUGCCAACAUUCUCGUUUUCAACUAUCAGUACAUGCUGGAUCCAAAGGUAGCCAAAAUGGUGUCCAAGGAACUUGAGUCGGAGAGUAUUGUUGUGUUUGACGAAGCCCACAACAUUGAUAGUGUCUGCAUUGAGGCCUUAUCUGUAACAAUCAACGAUAGAGGGUUGGAACAGGCCACACGAUCCUUGGGAAGAUUGGCAUCGGAAGUUUCAAGAAUGAAAAAGAGUGAUACCCAACGUCUCCAAAACGAGUACCAGAACUUGCUCAAUGGCUUGAUUGACCAAGGUCUCAUUGAUGCUCCGGCCAAUGAGGCUGGUUUGGCCAGUAAUGCGCUGAGCCCAGACGUGCUCAAUGAAGCUGUUCCCGGAAAUAUCCGCCGAGCUGAGCAUUUCAUUGCCUUUAUGAAAAAGGUUGUGGAACACCUCAAAGCGCGUUUACGGUCCGUGGCCGGCCCUAACGGCGGAGUUCAAAGCGAAACCCCCCUCGCUUUUUUACACAGACUGACACACGGAACGGCAUUGGAGGCCAAGCCCUUGCGGUUUGCCUAUUCUCGAUUGUCCUCACUGCUACGAACGCUGCAAGUAUCCAAUCUGGAUGAUUUCAAUUCUCUGACAGAUGUGGCAGAUUUUGCCACAUUGCUGGCGACUUACUCGGAAGGAGUAGCCAAGUUUGCCAUCAUCAUGGAACCCAACGCCAGCUCCAUCCCCGGUGCCAUAGACCCGGUUAUUCAACUGGCUUGUCUGGACUCCUCGCUAGCCAUUGCACCUCUGUUUAAACGAUUUGGGAGUGUGAUUAUCACCUCGGGAACACUGUCGCCGAUUGACCUGUAUCCAAAGCUGUUGCAGUUCAAGCCAUGCGUGUCGGUAUCACUGACCAUGUCCACGUUUCGGCCGUGUAUUCGACCUCUGGUCAUCGCCCGUGGUUCUGAUCAGCUUGCCGUUUCCACCAAAUACGAAGAUAGAGGUGAUAUGGGAGUCAUCAGAAACUACGGAGCCAUGCUGGUGGAGUUGUGCAGUUGCAUUCCCGAUGGAGUUGUUGCAUUUUUUACGUCCUAUAGCUACAUGGAAUCCUUGGUGAGCGAAUGGGAUGCGGUUGGUAUCCUGAGAGAAUUGACCAAAUCCAAGUUGGUCUUUAUCGAGACCAAGGACGUCGUGGAAACAACUCUUGCUCUUGACAACUACCGUCGAGCUUGCGAUUGUGGGAGAGGCGCCGUUUUCUUAUCGGUUGCCAGAGGGAAGGUCUCUGAGGGAAUCAACUUUGAUCGUCACUACGGUCGAGCUGUGAUUAUGUUUGGUGUCCCCUUUCAAUACACACUUAGCCAUGUUCUAAGAGCACGGUUAGAAUAUCUGCAGACGCACUAUCAGAUUCGAGAGCAAGAUUUCUUGAACUUUGAUGCCAUUCGGCAAGCCUCGCAAUGCGUCGGACGUGUCAUUCGCAGCAAGACGGAUUACGGUCUGAUGAUCUUUGCCGACAGUCGCUACAGUCGACACGACAAGCGUUCCAAGUUACCCAAGUGGAUCUUGAACUUUUUGAGCGAUGGGUACCUGAAUUUGAGUACGGACAUGGCAAUGCAACAUGUGCGUCACUUUCUUCGUCUGAUGGGCCAGCCAAUCGACCAAGAAGCACUGCAGAGUGUCUUGUUGACGCUUGACGAAGUGAACCGCAUGAAUCCACCUCCCGAGAAUCUGAAUGAAACGGCGGGCGAAGGCGGUGCCAUGGUGGAGAGUGAGACUAAUUUACUUUUAUCAUAAUAGUGCAGUGCAGAUCAUAAUAGUACCGUAGCAAAACAAACUAUGCCAACUUUGUUGGUCACAGUGAUUCCCCAUGCAACGCAACCACCAACCACACAGUUUUGCCCAUUCUGGCAACCACUAGCA